AGCGAGAGAGAAAGAGACAUGUUCUUUAACUGAUAAUUAUAGUGAUCUAAUAGCACUCUGUUUCUCUGGAAAUCUUCGAGACUGAAGUUAGUCUAGGAUGAGAACUUUCAUCAUCACCAUCCUCUUCUGCCUGAUUUCAGGUCAGGUGCUUUGUUUCAAAGUCACUGGAUGCAUUGGAGGGAGUGUUAUCUUUAAGUGCAUGUACAAAAAGAAAUAUCAGUUUGAUAGUCAGCGAAAAGGAAAGUACUUUUAUAGAAAUGACACCAGUACAGAGGUGGGAAGUACUGAUGUUCAGGAUGAAUGGGUUCAUAAAGGGAGAUUGUCUCUGUAUGAUGAUAAAAAUGGUGGAUUCUUCAAAGUGUUUCUCAGGAACUUGAGUAAAGAGGAUCAUGGGAAAUACACGUGUGGACAACACCAGUCAUGGAGUCAUAAUGUUGAGUUAAAGCUGAGCAAUUAUUCUUGUUGUGCGACGUCUGUUUUUCUGACUGGUUAUCUCGGACAAACUGUGACUUUCAACUGUGAAUAUCCACAUAUAUUUAAAAAACAUGCAAAAGUCUUCUACAGUCUGGAAAGAGAUCCUGUCCAUGUGUUGAAUACUUCACAUUCAUCCAACAAGCUGGAGAAAUUCUCUCUGUAUGACAGUCAUGUAGAUUACUUUAAUGUGACUAUCAGAAAUCUAACUCCAAAUGAUGGUGGAAUUUAUUUAUGUGGAGUGGAGAGAGACAAAUCAGAUAAUCAACUUUCACAAACAUCAAAAACUCACAUAUCCUUCAUUAAAGAGAUUCAUUUAAAUCUUUCUGAUCAAAUAACUUCAGUCAUGGUUCAGGCCUGCUCAAGUGAAUCUGUCCUCAUCAAGUGUAAAUUCCCCCCACAAAAUAAAGGAAACAGGAAAUUUAUCCAGAAAGUAGCAGUGGAUUCACAAAAGACAUUCACUAAUUCUCAGAACAGUUGGGAUCAGUAUGGCAAUGUGUUCCUGUAUGACGAUACAAGUGAAGGAUUCUUAAUGGUUUUUAUGAAGGAAUUAACUGCAGCUAAUGACGAGACAUACAGGUGUGGAGUGGAAAUCCCUUACAAUGGUGAUCUUUUCACUGAAGUCAAAUUGAGAGUAAAUCAAGUUAAUAAUAGUAGUGCAUCAAGACUAACAACAGCUUAUAUUGGAGAAAGUGUUCAUCUCACCUGCAAUUACUCUGAGAAACUCAACAAGACUGUCAAACACAUCUGCAAAGAGAAGGAAUGUAAAGACAUCUGUUCAUCAGAAAAUAAACGUUGCUGGUUUUCUGAGAGAUCAGCAGGAGUUUUUACUGUGAGCAUCAGUAAUGUGACACUGAGAGAUGCUGGAGUUUACUGGUGUGGAACAGAAACCAGUGAAGAAUACUUUACGUUCAUCUCCCUGACAUCUAAACUGGAACUCACUGUAUCUAUGCCCCCAGUGAUCGGACAUGAAGGAAAUUCUGCUGAUAUCAGAUGUCCUUACAAUCCAGACCACAAAAAAGAAGUAAAGUCUCUUUGCAAAGGAAAGUGUUCCAUUCAAGAUAUCCAUACUAUCAUUCGAUCAGAUGAAGAUCAUGUUAAUAAACCAAACAUUUUACCAAACAAUGAUGCCAUAAACAAUCUCUUCACGGUGACCAUUACUAAUCUAACAGCAGAGGACGCUGGGAUAUACUGGUGUGCAGUAAAAAACAGUCUGAAUUACAUUUCCACUGAACUCAUGAUCGUCAUGCGAGAUGUGGUCACUCACAGUCAGACUAGCGGAGGAUCAGCAUCUAUCAACUGUGAGAACAUGAGGAACUCUUCACGUCAUGAGCGAUUCUUCUGUAAGGGACGUCAGCCUUCCAACUGUGUCAGAGAUGGAGUUCAAGUUUCAUCAGAGAGAAGUUCAAAUGGCAGAUUAUCUCUGAAUGACAAACGCUCUGUUGGAGUCUUUACUGUAAGCAUCACUAAUCUGAGAGUGGAGGAUUCUGGGACUUACUGGUGUGGAGAGGAGAGUUCUGGAUCUUUCAUAUUGACCCAAGUUCAGCUAAGUGUCAAAAGGGAAAUGAACUUAUCUGACACCAAAACAGAAACAGUCCUGGAAAGAGAACAGUCUGGUUUCUUUGUGAUCAUUGCUGUUUCUGUGGGAUUGAUUCUGCUGGCUGUGGGUUUAGUGCUCCUGUUCAAACUGAGAUGCAACAGAAACGGUAUUCAUUCAUCAAUAAACAGAGGAGAUAAACGAAAUAAUGACAUGGCUCCCAAUGCUGUCGAUGAAUAUGAAGAGAUUAAAGAUGGCAGACAUGAUUCUACAUCAACUCCUUUUUUCUCUACUGUACAGUUUCCCUCAAACUCCUCUGAUGUGCUGCUGUAUGCUGCUGUCAGUUUCCACAAACAUGAAGAUUCUCUCACUGAUGAUACAGUCACAUUCAGUAAAGAUAUUAACUCUGAUUAUGCCACUGUCAGUCGCCGCACCACACAGAACUAAUAUUUUUUUAUUUCAAGACUUUGAAUAGACACUGAUGGGAUAUUUUAAACCAAUCAGCUGGUGGGAAUACAUGUUCUUCUCCAAAUCUGUUGUGAGAAAUCAUAAAUGGAUUUUUAUUUAACUAGAAUCACUUCAGUCUAACAUUCACAGAGAAAAAAAGUCACUGCAAAAAUAGUUCAUUUCGAUUGCUAAUAAUUUAUUGAGCAGUUGGCGACACCUACAGGUCACUUUUUUGAUAUCAGCUUUUGAAAGCAGCCCAUAUGUUGAUGUCCACUGACAUGUUCCCAGAUAGCACAUGUACGUCUUUGAAACUUUUGGGCCAGUUUUUAUGUAAAAUCCAGGCCCGAUUUCUCUUCCCAGUCCACCUCUGUCUCUUUUAAUACCAUUUCUGUACUUUACAGACAACUGUUGAUUAGAAAAAGGACAACAAAAAAAACUAAAAAACAUGUAAUUCUAAUCAUACUGUACUGAUACUGUAAAGUAACCGCUCGACUGACGUUUGUUGAAAUGCCUCUAUUCUUAAAGUAUCGUUUUAGCACUUAUUCUAAAUAUCAAUGCAAACUCAGUGUAAAUACAUACUACAAAAUAUAGCUACAAGCAGCAUAGGUCCUUUAAUUUCAUGUCACAAGAUGAAAAAGCAUUAUUCAUAUAGCUCAUAAGCACCUUAAAUAAAAAUAAGGUAUUAAAGUUUUAUUUAUUUCGUUUAAUUUAUUAUUCAUUCUAACUUUUGACGAAAAGGUUGCAUUGUCACCAAAUAUGUACGGUGUGUUCAGAGUAUGGUGACAGUUACACACACAAAGUUUUAUGUCAAUAAGGCACUGCAUUACAGUAUUAUAGCCUGAGAUGCUUUCUGACGUCUUGCCAUCAAAUUCGUCGGUGCAAUGUUCAAGAACCGUUUAGUCUGUCAAAGAGCUUUAGAUAAUAUUUUGUCACGAGCGCCCCUAUAUUAUACAUAACCAAUUCCGUGCAAAUCGGACAUACGACCUAGGAUGAGUUAAAAAAAGUAUGUGUUUUCAAUUAAACUCGAAACGGCGGACAGGAAGUGAGGCUGACCAUGAGUAUCAUCGUACUUGUUAUGUCCCAAGGAAUCCAAAGAGUCCAGUCUUAUGAUUUUACUCCAAACUAUUCAAAAGUUAUAAGCAAAAAUAGCAAUUUUUUCAUAUCUCUUGACCACUAGGUGGCGCUGUGCCAAAACUGUGUUGGUACCCUCAGGUCAUGCCUGUGAUGACAUAUACCAAGUUUCGUGUCAAUACGCAAAAGCGUUGCGAAGAUACAGCCACAAGUCCAUUUUGGUGAGUUUGUGGUUGACUUCGUUGAAGCAUUAUUCGAAAAUGGUUUGGUUUAUUAAAAAGUUUCUGAUAACUUUUUAUUUGUUUAUUAAACAGUGUCCCUAGAUGAUACAUUACAAAUUUCGUGCAAAUCGGACAUACGGCCUAGGACGAGUUCAAAAAAGUAGGUUUAAUGAAAAAUCGUAAAUUUCCGUCAUGACGGAAAUUAAAUCGGAGAUAGCCAUUUUGUUCGUCUUGAUAUAAGGCACUUGAGUCUCGGACAUAUGGUUUAGGAGCUAUGGCCCAAAAUAUGCAACAAAUUUGUUUUGUUCACUAUAGCGCCACCUAUGGGCCGAUUCCAUGCCAGAGUACUACAUCCCUGAAAGUUUCUAGUCUCUAGAUCUAUAAUAAUAAUAAAAAUUCUGACAAAAACUAUAGGGUUUAUAGGCCUUCGGGCUUGAACCCCUAAUUAUGCAUCCUGAAUGAACAACAAACAUGUAAUUACUGAAAGAGGCAAUCAUACAUUAUGAAAUACAACAAACACUGUUAAUAUUGAAGAGUUUAACCUAUAGGCUCCUCCAGCUUCUAUGAUGGUGAAACAUGCUCUAUAAUGUUGUUUUUACAUAGUACUUUUAACAGUCACAGUUAAAUGUUAGAUGUGGAAUUCUACUUUCAUUUGAUUAAGUUUGAACCUUGUCAAUAUUUUGUGUUCAAAUGUGUAGCAAACAUGAAAUUUAAAAUGGUG